AUGAUGCGCAUGCAGUUUUGGAGAGAUACCGUCACGAAAGCAUUAGCCGGCACACCGCCCAAAGAGCCAGUCGCCAUUCUAUUAGCACAAGCAGCUGAAGAUUUACAUGAACGGUCUGGUGGAAAGGCACGGCUGAGCAAGAACUGGUUCCAUCGCAUCAUCAACACCAGAGAACAACAUCUAGGCAACCCACCAUACCCCACCUUGACCGCACUUGAGAGCUACGCAGAGAAUACAUACUCAACUAUGUUGUAUUUGACGCUGUCGGCGCUCCCCCAGGCUUCACUCACCACAGACCACAUCGCCUCGCAUAUUGGCAAAGCCAUGGGCAUCGCAGCUGUACUGCGUGGUAUCCCGCUCAUCGCAUUCCCUCCACAACAGCCUUUGGGUACUAGCAACUCCAUGACAGGCCAGUCUGGCCCCACGCAAGGCGCUGUACUUCUCCCACUCGACGUAAUGGCCGAAGCCAACGUUCGCGAAGAAGACGUCUUCCGACAAGGCGCCUCCGCUCCUGGUCUCCGCGACGCCAUCUUCACAGUCGCGACACGCGCAAACGAUCACCUCAUCACUGCACGCGAGAUGCUUUCGAAGCUGCGAUCCGAAGGUACACUCGGUCAUGACUUUGAACACCAGCAUGAGGCGGAACAUCAGUAUAGUGCACAGCAGAUGAACACAGGGCAGGAAACACAAUUAGCCGAGGUUGAACAGGCGUUUGGUGUUUUCAUGCCAAGCAUAGCGACCCAAUCUUGGUUGGAUAGGUUACAAGGAGUUGACUUUGACGUCUUUGAUGCGAGUCUGAGAAAGGUUGACUGGAAGCUACCCAUGAAAUCCUAUUGGGCGUAUAGUCGGCGGAAGAUAUAA